UUUUCGCGCACGAAGAUAGCACGCAGUGGCUCUUUAAGUUAAGGUUAAUCGCGAAAAAAGAAUUGUCGACCUGUUUUUCGCGUUAUGUAAUCGUCGACGGGGGGAAGACGACGUCCCGUCCCGCAUCUCGUCAAGGGUAUUUCUCGGGAGGGGGGUUGUCAACGGGAAAUUCCUUCGUUGUGUUCCUCUUGGUUUGUCUCGUCAUAUGCGGCGAGAAAAGCCGGCCUCGAUCGUACGGGAGCGAGCGAGAAGGAUCGGGCGAGGAAGUGAGACGCACGUCACGCGAGGCAUCUUAUGUAACCCCCAAUAAGAAUUGCGCGAAUAUCUCGACGCACGGGGUCAUGUGAGCCGCCGAUCGUCGAAGAAGGUGGCAGAAGGGAGGGUUUUUAACAGAGGAUGCACCACGGCGCCAACGGAUGAAUUUUCUUUCUCUGCCACUUCGCAAAAAUAUCACCCUGACGCGGAAUGCUGAACGAGUCGCAUCUCGAUUUCCUUUUGUCUUACGAUUUGCACUUGGAUGUUUGUACUCCAGAUUGUUGUUUUUGUCUUAGAACCUUAAAAUAGCCGGAAAACAGUAAGAAAAUGUUCGACGAAAGUAUUCAAAAAGGUACAUCUGUGUGACAGAGAUACUUGCUGUGUGAAAUUUUAUUUGGGAUGGUUGUAAAACAGGAAUCCUAAGGGUUACAUUUGGAAAAGAGAGAGAUGAAACAGGAGACAAAAGAGAGCGGAAGCACAAGCGUGGCCGCGGAAAACGUGGUCGAGAAAGGAGAAGUUGAGGCGACGAAAGAAGACGAAAAAGAGAAGAACAAAGAAAUAGAAUCGACGAAAGAAGUCGAGAAGGAGAAUAAGAAUAACGAGGCCACGGAGGAAGUCAAAAAUGAGAUGAAUAAGGAAGAUAAAAAUAGUGAUAAAAAUGAGAAAGAAGCCAAGGAAAAAGAUGUCGCAAACGAGCAGGAGGUCGUAUUUAUUCAGGACAUGGGCUUUACUGUCAAGAUUGUUAGUCCAGGUUCCGAGCCCUUCGAUAUUCAGGUCUCCAGUAUGGAACUCGUGCAGGAAAUUCAUCAGUUGCUCAUGGACCGCGAGGACACGUGUCACCGCACGUGUUUUUCCUUGCAGCUAGGAGGCAAUACGUUGGACAACUUCGCCGAGUUGAAAAACAUUGAAGGACUAAAGGACGGUUCCAUUAUCAAGGUGGUGGAGGAGCCUUAUACGAUGCGAGAGGCUCGCAUACACGUGCGACACGUGCGCGACCUGCUGAAGUCCGUGGAUCCCGCGGACGCUUACAAUGGCGUUGAAUGCAGCAGUCUGUCGUUCCUCAAUGUCGUGACAAAUGGCGAUAUCUUGGAAAAGAAAAAGACCCGAGCGGACUCAGUUGAUUGCACGCCGCCGGAUUACAUUAUACCUGGUUGCAAGGACAGACCUUUAUUGCCACUUCAGCCGCAAGCGAAGGAACAAAAGUGCCCGCCGUGUUUAAAGGUUUUAACAACAUCAGGCUGGAAUCCACCGCCUGGUCAUAGAAAACUUCACGGUGAUCUGAUGUACUUGCACGUGGUCACGUUAGAAGACAAACAGUAUUAUUUAACGGCCUGUGCCAGAGGUUUUUUUGUCAACCAGUCGACUAAAGAGGUGUUCAAUCCUAAACCAGCUGUGCCCAGCCAUUUAUGUCACAGUUUAAUCGAGCUGCUGAAUCAGCUUAGUCCGGCCUUCAAGCGAGGAUUCGCGGCUAUGCAACGGCGCAGGACACAGAGGCAUCCUUUUGAGCGAGUAGCCACUCCGUAUCAGCUCUACGCCUGGAGUGCACCUCAGAUCGAGCACACUAUCGACGCCAUCCGUGCGGAAGAUACUUUCUCUUCUAAGUUAGGAUACGAGGAACAUAUCCCUGGGCAAACUCGCGACUGGAACGAGGAAUUGCAAACCACGAGAGAACUGCCGCGCAAAAAUCUUCCCGAGAGAUUGUUACGAGAACGCGCUAUUUUUAAAGUUCACAGUGACUUUGUAGCUGCUGCGACCCGUGGAGCGGUGGCGGUGAUCGACGGCAACGUAAUGGCAAUCAAUCCAGGAGAAGAAGCCAAAAUGCAGAUGUUCAUCUGGAACAAUAUCUUCUUCUCACUCGGUUUUGACGUGCGGGAUCACUACAAAGAGUUGGGCGGCGAUGCCGCUGCUUUUGUUGCGCCCCGCAAUGAUCUGCAAGGUGUUCGAGUGUACGCAGCUGUGGAUCUGCCCGGCCUUUACACUCUCGGCACCGUUGUCAUCGAUUACAGAGGUUAUCGCGUAACCGCGCAAUCCAUUAUACCGGGUAUAUUGGAACGUGAACAGGAACAGUCUGUGGUAUAUGGAUCGAUCGACUUUGGAAAAACGGUUCUCACUCAUACCAAGUACCUCGAGCUGCUGAACAAAGCCGGGCAGCAAUUGAAAAUUCUUCCCCAUAAGGUAAUCAAUGACGCCGGUGAGGAAGUCGAACUUUGCAGCAGUGUAGAAUGCAAAGGUAUCAUUGGUAACGACUCGCGACAUUAUGUGCUGGAUUUGUUGAGGACUUUUCCACCCGAUGUGAAUUUUUUGAAACUGGAAGGUGUGGAGUUGAGUAAAGAGGCGCGAGCUUUGGGCUUUCCCGUUGAACACAAGCACAGACUGGCCUGUUUACGUCAAGAACUCAUAGAUUCAUUCGUCGAUUCCAGAUAUGUUCAGUUUAUUAAACACGCGGCAGUUCAUCUCCAGCAGUUGACGUCAGCUAGAAGAUCUCAAAAAGAAAAAGAGACCAAGGAAGAUAAGAAAGAAGACUCGCUUGUAAAUAUGACAGUGGACAGCAACAAAGAGGAUAGCGUUCAACAGUCGCUGAUAGAAGCUGAUGAAGCUAAAAAGAUCGUCGAGAGUAUCACAGAUUCAAUUACGGGUGGUGAAAAACAGGAAUUGGAAGAGAGCACAAAAGAAAUCGUUCGAAAAGCUGCGGCAGCGGUAGGCAGCUUGCGAGAUGCCGAGUUCGAUGUGAGAUUCAAUCCCGAUGUGUUCUCACCCGGCGUCAAGCAUCCUAACGGUCCUGAUCUGAAGAAGCAGAAACAAUUGGUGAAGGACGCCGCAGACUUUCUUCUUACAGUGCAACUACCGACAUUCAUUCGAGAAUGUCUGGAUCACACGGCGGCCGCAAUGGAUGGCAGCACGUUGGUGGAGGCUCUCCACGGUAGAGGCAUCAAUGUCCGCUACCUUGGCAAAUUGGCAGCCAUGUUAGCUGCGGUACCACAACUGCAGUAUCUCAAUCGCAUCGCCGUUUCCGAGCUGAUUCUCCGAUCAGCUAAACAUGUUUUCAUCUCUUACAUGCAGGGCACGGAGCUCAUGAGUCUGUCCGCAGCUGUUAGCCACUUCCUGAAUUGCUUGUUAUCAUCGGCACAAAUUAUACAUCCGCAACAAAAUCUGGAGGAGCUCCAAAGCAAAACUGCGAAACGCCGCAACAAGCGGAAGGGUAGGAACAACGGACCGCAACAAUCAGAAGUUGAGUGGGCGUCUUUGACGCCCAGAUCGUUAUGGCAACAAAUCAAGGGUGACUUGAAGGCCUAUUACGACUGGGAAACGCCCUGUCCGGAGUCUCUGGAUGCUACAAUAGAGCACUUUCAUUUGCAGAAAAUAUCUCUACUACGCGGCUUCUGCAUAAAGACCGGUAUUCAGAUAUUACUGCGCGAGUACAACUUUGAAAACAAAAAUCGAGCGACCUUCUUUGAGGAAGAUAUACUGAACAUUUUCCCCGUCGUCAAGCAUAUCAAUCCUAGAGCUAGCGACGCGUACAACUUCUACACCACUGGCCAAAGUAAGAUUCAACAGGGAUACUUAAAAGAUGGAUACGAGUUGAUCAGCGAGGCGCUUAAUCUUUUGAAUAACGUUUACGGCGCCAUGCAUCCCGAGAUCGCACAGUGUCUCAGAAUGUUGGCGCGAUUGAAUUAUAUAAUGGGCGAUCACGCGGAAGCGCUUGCUACACAACAGAAAGCUGUUCUCAUGUCGGAAAGAGUCAACGGCAUCGAUCAUCCGUAUACGAUUACGGAAUACAUACAUCUCGCCUUAUACUCCUUUGCCAACGGCCAAGUAUCCGUAUCAUUAAGAUUAUUGUACAGGGCACGUUAUCUGGCAUUGUUAGUCUGUGGCGAAGAUCAUCCGGAAGUGGCCCUGCUCGACAGUAACAUCUCGUUGAUCCUACACGCAGUAGGUGAAUAUGAGUUGUCGCUGCGCUUUUUGGAACACGCGUUAGCUCUGAACUUACGUUACCACGGCCCCCGUUCAUUGAAAGUCGCGGUAUCGUAUCAUCUAGUGGCGCGUACACAAUCUUGCAUGGGUGAUUUCCGGGCGGCGUUAAACAACGAGAAGGAGACAUACGCGAUCUACAAGCAGCAGCUAGGCGAAGAUCACGAGAAAACGAAGGAGAGCAGCGAUUGUUUGCGUCAUCUGACUCAGCAGGCGGUCGUGCUUCAGAAGAAGAUGAACGAGAUCUACACAGGCAAGUCGGGCGUGAGUCUGCCGCCAAUACAAGUGCAGCCGCCCAGUAUGGGUUCGGUGCUGGAUAUGCUCAACGUGAUCAACGGUAUCCUUUUCGUGCAAAUCAGCCAGCAAGAUAUUGACAACUUUAAGGCAGAAAUAGAAAAACGACAGAAAGAACAGUCGCCGGAUAAUGUCGAGGCUGGUAAAACAAACGUUGAAAAAGAUGAUACCAAGAAGGAAGACAACGAGACCAAGAAGGUGUUCACAAUAACGGCGAAGGAAGUCGAGAAAAUUGAAGAAAAGAAACUAGAGAACAGCAAAGCGGACACCUUAGAGUCUGUUGCAGCAGAAAGCUGAGUUCUCCGUACGCCGACAACGAAUGUUAGUAGUUUUUUUUUCUUUUUUUUUAAGCUCUAGUCCUCCCAACGUGGAAGACGACGAUUUCACGCGGAGUCGAGAGAAUUGAGUAUAUAUCAAUACUUGGUAUUUGUAUUGUUUUGUUGUACUGUUCACAGAGUAUGUAGUAUGAUUGUAAGACUCUUGAGAAGAAAAAAGAGAUGUAAAGUUUUAUUAUUGUUCAAUGGUGUGUUUGCGAAGCAAAACGGUGGUGGCGUGUGCAACGUUGAAAUUUGCUUGCGGAACGCACACACUCCUUUGUUACGCCAAGUUUACAUAACAAAGGUGCCAUGUCUCGCUUUUACGGAGCGCCGUAAAAUCAAAGAGCAAUGUGAUCUCUUCACUUGCGCGCGUGCGUGAGAUUACAUUUUUUAAGAGUUCAAGUUGUUCAUCUCGCGAUAAAAAAAGAAACCGUUGACGAUCGUAUCGUCAAUCCGUUAAAGUAAGUAGAAUAACGAUUCGAUUCUCAAUCGAAUUUGCAACAGAGAAAUCAAUUUUCUUCUUAUUUUCUAUCACUUUAUAUCAAAAAUAAAAAGGAUGCACUAAUGCGCAUUGAUAUUAAACUGUCAUAUUGACAUACUAAAAAAAAGCAUCAGGUGCUGUAGGCUUUUGCAUCUAGAAUUAGAAUGCGAUAGGUUUUACAUCAUAACUGCAUUCAAUUCGUUAUUUUCAUGCGACCAAUGUUACACAGAUUAAUAAUAAUAAAUCAGAUUUUUAUUACUAAUCUGUCUCACUAAUUGUCGUGUGAAGUCACCGUUUAGUGCCUUUUAGGCAUUGUUAAUUGUUACUCCAUUCUAAUUGCCAUCAAGAGAGAGAAAAAACAGAAAAAACAACAUUUAAAAUGUAAUCCACGCAAAAUAUGUAAUCCACCAUUUUUCGUCUCCUAUUAUGAUACUUCGCAUGAAAGUGCUUCCUUUUACGUUAAUUUAAGUUCUUGAAAAAAAUCAGAUUUAUAUUGUAAGCAGUGUACAAUUUUUCGUUAACAUAAGAGUGAACUGUCUCUUUUUUUUUUUAACAUUCUUCUCUCACGAGAAUGUUGAUAUGUGAAGUAAAAGUAUAGCGAAUGGCAUUGUUACCCGAUCAUGUUCGUUGAUAAGAACACACAGUCAAUCGAUCGUCGAUCGAGCGUCAUUAGUCACGACUGUGGUAAGUCGACUUCCAGUUUCACGACGAUUAUAGUCCUAAGAUCGUAAAUAAAAAUCGAUUGUUACCAUACU